AUGCAGUCCGAGCUCAUGGCCUCAGAGGCUGAAAGAGAAUGCCUCGGCGAUUACCUUCCAUUGUUAAGGCUCGAUGAUGCUUUAUCCAUCUUUGUCCAGCCCAACGGCAACCCAGUAUACGAGAACUGGAAAGGCAGUAUCGAAAAAUGGGUAACAGUCCCAGUCUAUCGACACGACUAA